AUGGAUAAACCCCGUGAUAAAGUGUUUCGCCGUAAAGAUAGUAUAACGAGAAUACCUAAAGUGUACGAAAACGGACGCAAGGAUGCACCCCGUCCUAGGAGUAGAAGUGUUUUUACCAGUUCCCACGCUAGCGACGAACUUCAAACAAGGGACAUAGUGAGAUACGAGGGUCAAAACUCCCGACCCCCGUACGUCCCCAAACCAAUUACAGUAAAAAAUUAUUUCUCUGAAGAUUAUAAUGAUAUUUAUGCAGAUGAUGGUUACACUGGCGGUACAACAAUUUCCCCUCACGGUAUCAUAACGAUGCGCUUGCGCGAAUACAUCCGCGUUGAUUUAUCACUUGACCGCGCCAUUCGUAUCUCCAACGCGAAAAAUGGUAUAGUUUUAGCCCUGAGUGCGAGCGGAAGUUCGUCUGGUUUAAUACAUCCCAAUGGAAAGGUGUACCAAUAUGGGUCUAGGGUUGAAAUUAUGGCCAACGACAGUCAAGGCAAUGAUAAGUUCGCGAAGAUGUGGUAUAAAGGAGUAAGUUUUACGAGCGUUCAAUGUGCUCUUGUAUAUUUAGUCGAUUCCGCCGGUACUAGAACGACUACAGAUACUUUCAACGAUCUAACACACGAUUUUACUCUCAAUAUAUUUUACGAAGGUUCCCCGUAUACGUAUCUCGAUAAUCCGAGUACAACUCAUACCACUCAUUUGGUAAACGAAGCGAUGAGCGUUUUACAAGGCACCAACUGUUGGAUGACAGAAGACGGUACCACAAACUGGAUCAUCAAUAACGUUAGGAUCUCUCAAACGGCCGACGGAUUAGUGAGAGUUGGUAGAAAUAGCAACAAAUUUUCUUUACGAACAUCCCCGACGAACGGAUCUGCUUCAGUGUCGUCUCCGUAUAUGCAUUGCACCGGUUCCAUGGGACAGACGCGUCAUCUGUUUGUCAGACGAGGCGAACGUCGAAUGCACUAUGACGGUUCGACGUUUAUAGUACGGAACGCCGGACAUUCGGCGGGCUUCGAUGAAAAACAUCAAUUGAAAGUUUACUAAUUGUUUGUUCAGUUUUCUUUUUCUUUUUUUUUUAAUUGAUAAUUUUUAUUGGGGAAAUCCAGUCAUUUGUUCUCAAUGUUGUGUAAUUUUGCUAAUCGCGCCAAUAAAUUUCGGUGAUGGACGAGUGGAUGUUAUUUGGUUGGAGGGCGUACGCUGUGAUAUACAGGGAUUGGUUGAAAAUUAAAAUAUAAAUAUUUGCCUAGUGUUUUUUAAACUUGU